AUGAAGGGCAUCACCGCCUUUGUCGCCGCCGCCCUUCUCGGCCAGGCUGUUGCAGCGCCUCCCGAGCCGCCCGCAAACGUUAUCGAGAAGAGGGCUGCCCCGACCGUCACCGUCUCUGCGGGUUCUAUCGUUGGCACAACCCGUUUAUCCACCGAGGCCUUCAAUGGCAUCCCAUUUGCCAAACCGCCCGUUGGUCCGCUGAGGCUCAAGCCCCCCGUGAGGCAUGACUCGCCUCUGGGUGUUUUCGAUGCCAGCGGGAUCGCCCCGGCUUGCCCGCAGUUCUUGGCCGACUCGGACUCGAACGAGUUCCUAGCCAAGGUGAUCGGCACACUCACAAACCUGCCCUUCUUCCAGAAGGCACUGAAAAUCAGCGAAGACUGUUUGACGGUCAACGUCUUCCGGCCGAAAGGUACCAAAGCAGGUGACAAGUUGCCUGUUUUGUUUUGGAUCUUUGGAGGCGGUUUUGAGCUCGGCUGGAGCUCCAUGUAUGAUGGCGGCCCGCUCGUCACUAAUGCCAUGAAUAUGGGCAAGCCCUAUGUCUUUGUGGCUAUCAACUACCGUGUCGGUGGUUUCGGCUUCAUGCCGGGCAAGGAGAUUCUCGCCGAUGGCUCUGGUAACCUCGGCCACCUCGACCAACGCAUGGGCCUGGAGUGGGUUGCCGACAACAUUGCUGCUUUCGGCGGCGACCCUGACAAGGUGACCAUCUGGGGCGAGUCAGCCGGCGCCAUCUCCGUCUUCAACCAAAUGGCCCUCUAUGACGGUGACAACACGUACAAGGGCAAACCUUUGUUUCACGGUGCCAUCAUGAACUCCGGCAGCAUCGUCCCAGCAGACCCGGUCGACUGCCCCAAGGGCCAAGCUAUUUACGAUCAGGUCGUCGAGAAGGCCGGAUGCGCCUCAGCCAAGGACACUUUGGCUUGCCUUCGUGAGGCGCCGUAUGAUAAGUUCCUCGCUGCUGCGAAUUCCGUCCCGGCCAUUCUGUCAUACAACUCGGUCGCCCUUUCAUACCUUCCCCGACCUGACGGUAAGGCCCUCACUAAGAGCACCGAUGUCCUGGUACAGGAGGGCAAGUACGCAGCCGUGCCGAUGAUCAUCGGCGACCAAGAGGACGAGGGCACGCUGUUCGCCCUGUUCCAACCCAACAUCACGACCAGCGCCAGGCUCGUGACCUACUUGAAGGAUCUCUACUUCCACCGCGCUACUAAUCAGCAGAUCGAGGGCCUCGUCGACACUUAUUCGCCGUGGAUCUGGGACGGAUCGCCUUUUGGCAGCGGUAUUCUUAAUGAGAUAUACCCAGGUUUUAAGAGGCUCGCGGCUUUGCUGGGCGAUAUCGUGUUCACCCUGACGCGUCGCAUUUUCCUCGAAACAGCUACCGCAGUCAAUCCGGAUGUCCCGGCAUGGUCGUAUAUCGCCAGCUACAACCAAGGCACCCCCAUCAUGGGCACCUUCCACGGCAGCGAUAUCCUGCAGGUCUUCUAUGGUAUCCUGCCCAACUACGCCAGCAAGAGUAUCCAGAGCUACUAUGCCAACUUUGUCUACAACCAGGACCCCAACAACGCGGCCGGCGGCACCAGCAGCAAGAGCAAGAUUUCCGAGGACUGGCCCCGGUGGACUGGCAAGGACCGCAAGCUCAUCAACUUCUUCGCCAACAGGAAUGGGUACCUCAAGGAUGAUUUCCGGGAAGAAGCCGCCGCCUAUUUGGGCUCGCAUAUCGGGGCUUUAUAUUUUUAG